CGCGCGCAGCCGCACGCGGGAGGGCUGUUAAAACUACCCCUCCCGUGGUGCCCCGCGCAGCAUGGAGCGGCGCGUGGCGGAGGGGCUCCGCGACGCUCUGGGCCCCUUCGGCUUCGAGAUGCACGCCUUUAAGGUUGGAUGGUACAAUGCUAUUCUCCAGCCAGCCUUUCAUCUCCCCUACUCAGAUGACACACUGGCCUUCGUGGUCCUCAGCACACCUUCAAUGUUUGACAAAGCUCUUAAACCUUUUGUGAACAAAGAACGGUUAAAAAUAAUCAGGGAUCCUGUGGAUCAGUGUGUUUCUCAUCAUUUGUUACGUGUGAAGGAGAAAUUCCCUGACCAGAGGAUGGAUGUCAUCUUUGAUUAUGAGAUUCUGCCAAGCCGAAAGCCCAAGUUCUUAGCGCAGACAGCUGCCCAUGUUGCUGGAGCCGCAUAUUACUACCAAAGGAAGGAUGUGAAGCUUGAUCCUUGGGGGAAAAAGAAGAUCUAUGGUGUAUGUAUCCAUCCCAAGUAUGGCGGUUGGUUUGCUAUCCGAGGUCUCCUCCUGUUCCCAGAUAUUCAGGUACCAUUCCUGGAACAGUCUGCCCCUGUUGACUGUGUGAGCACAGAGGAAAAAAGAAUUGAGUUGCUGGAGCAAUUUAAUUUCCACUGGCAGGAUGGCCACUACAGGGACAUAAUUGAAGUGAAGGAAAGGUAUUCAGAGGAGCAAAAAGCCUACUUUGCCACUCCUCCAGUGGAGAGAUUCAAACUGCUGGGGCUGACACAAGAAACCCAGAAAAGCAUGUUUCACUGAGUGACGUGGCUUCAUGGAGGAGCAGAGGGCAAGCAAAGCAUAACUCAUCAGCACCACCUUUUCCACAGCGCUGAGGAGGACGGCGUGCUGAUACAGAGAUGGCAAAUCCAAGCAGUGUGUGCAGCAUCUCAAUCCAAACAUCAUCCUCUCAGAGUAAGAGGGAGCAUUGCAUCGUAGCACUUGUGGUCUGGAGGAAGGUGGGAGCAGUCUGUUCUGUGCUGUUGCCGAUUUGGUGCAUCUUUUUGGGAGUCUGGUAAGAUGCCGAUUAGCCUUUGGUUGGGUAAAGUUCAGACACCCUGGUAACUGGAACACUUGUGCUGCUCAUUAGAGAAGACAUCUUUGUUUUCUCAAGAAUUUUCUUUCCAAAUGUUUUGGUUUGGUUUUAUUCUGUAUAAGAGUAAAAAAGUUAAUUUUCAGUCAUCGUACUCUUUUUUUCAUCUGAAGUGAGGGCAGAUACUUUUUUAGGUGUAUCCAGCAUUUUAUUACCUUGUGUCUUAACUCUCUCUAGGGAAGAAAUGUUCAGUCUUGUCUUCCUCAGAAAGAAAAUUUGUCCUAUAUUUCUUGACUUGCACUGAAGCUGGCUUAAUUUAAUUGAAAAAAACGCAGCUGCCUCCUUCAAGGUAGUUAUGAAAGGGAAGGGGACAGUACAAAGGUGACCGCUUGAGUCUGCUAUUUCCUCUUCACCCAGGGUCAGCUUCUCGGAACAACGUGACAUCUUUAGGUAUCCAUACAGCAGCUGACUAUAAUCUUUGGAAAGGUGCUGAAUAAUGUCUAUGUGAGUGGAGUUUUGCUCAUAUUAAGAUAACUGAGUGGAAAAAUCAAUUCUUAUGACCUUUUUCUAAGGUAGAUGAGGUUUGAAUGUAAAAUAUUUUUCAGUGCCGUGCCAGCACACACCACAGUUUUACUACCAUAGUUUCCUGUUGUACUUUCCAUAGGGGGGAGAUUGUAAACCUGCACACACAUAAAAAAACAUUGCAUGAAGCAUUGUCAUGCACAGGCAACCAAGCAGAGAAAAAAGAGAGAAAAUAUUCAUUAUGUUCAUGUUACUUAUGUUGCUGGAUAAAACAUCUUCAGACAGAAACAUAACAUUUUUUUUAGAUGACUGUCCUGUUAGAUUUGUUCAGAGGUUACAGUGGCACUGGGAAUCAGGAAUUAAUUUAUCUUAGAGCACUUUGAGGCUCAGGCCUCAUUAAAAUAUUAUAUUCUAAUAAAUGAAAAUAAUAUUUGUGUGGGAGUUUUGUUACUUGACUGAAGUGCAAUGCUGCAAAUCCCUAAGCACUUUUCCCCUUUCUUUGAUACUCAUUUUGCAGAACCGAGCCCUUUCUUUUUAUUUUAUGUUGUGAGUCUGCGUAUCUGUCGGAGACCCCCAACACUAUGGUUGCCCUCACAAAAAGUCACUGCUUGGUACAAUUUUUCAUAGUCUAUACACUAACUAAGCAUAAUGAAAAUUCAGCAUAACAAGUUUGUUUUCCUGUGAACAGAGCAGUGAGCAUGUGAUCACUGGGUUUGUUCAGUGUAUUUGCUGUUACAAAAAAGUCUUUGUUGCUGUCCAUGCUUUGUUCACCACAUCUAAGGCAGACACCUGACUUACUGUGUGAUACUGCAAUUUUUAUUUUUGCGAUUUUUAAUUUAAGUAAAAUAAUCAAAUUUGUUUAAAUUCUGCUUUUUUGUUAUAGAAUUCCUUCUGGUUGAAAUGUUGUUUGAUGUUCCAGAACUUUCCAACUGAAGUGUAAUUUAACAAGGACUUGAGUUAAUGGUUCAUAUUAGUAACAUAUACAACAUACUAUUCUCUUAGAAGGAUAAGUACAGAAUGGAAUCAGAUUUAUCUUCUUACACUACAAUUUAAAGUAAAAUAUUUUGCUAUUUUGGGGUUGAUUUCUUACAAAUAUUUAAUAUUUUGUCUUAGUUCAUGUAUUAAACCUAUUACCAUGGCCAUUUCAUUUUUUGUAAUUUAUUUCUCUUCACAUGGUACUUUGGUUAAUAAAAUAUACAAAAUUGUAAGUAACCCUCAGUACUGAGUAUUUUUAUUUAAACUACGUACUGAUUAACUUGUGGAGAGCUACAGAUGUUAAAGUGAGAAUUGAUCACUGUGUUUUUAACAUACUGAAAAUAGUGAGCUACCCAAGACACACAAAAAAUGCAGUAUCUGAAAACAAAAGAGAAAGUUAUCUUAGUAGAAGUUAGUAAACUAUUAUGGCAGGCUCAUCUGGGAUAUAAAAAAAUAAAACAUACAGCACAUUAUGAAUAAAUCUA